AUGGAUCUUUCUCAUCGACUUCCAUAUCCAGAUCCAGACGUCUAUCUUAAUAUUUUCUCAGAUGGUAACAUAAAGAGCUGCUAUCGAGAUCUUUACGCAAAAUACGGAAAAAAAAUUACAAUAGCCAUGGGAAAAAUCACAAAAGAAAUACAAAAUCUUGAUGAAACAGAAGUUUUUGCAUGCUUUAAUGCUGCAAGGAUUUGUAUUUUUAACAAUUCUCCAAAAAUUCGUCGAGAUGCACUUUUUUUAAUUGCUGAAAUAUCAAAAACUUACUUGACAGAGCAUACAUUACCUUACUUUUUGAUUCUUGCACAUGAUGAUAAUGCUCAAAUCAAACAAGACGCUUCCAAGGCUUUGGCUGCAAUUUCUAGAAAAAUUGGUGGCCUUAAGAAAGCAAAAGAAAUCGUUAUUUCGGCUUUAGGAUCUAUGGGUGCGACAGCCUUUAACAGAGAAAACUUAAUUGACCCAGAAGAAAUUCUUGGAAAAUCUAGGAUCGCAGGAAGUGUUUGCUUAUCAUCAUCACAGAUUCUAGGUGUUAUGAUGGAUGAUCUCAAGCAAAAUGAGAAAGCAGAACUGCUCCAAUACAUCAGAAAAGCAACAGAAGGAUUAUACGACACUCUCAAUGACAUUCAAAACUCUUCGAACGAUACAUUGUUUUAUUCACCACGAUUACGAUCGGCCUUAUACAAAUUACACUAUGAAGCUCUUCCGAUUCCGAAAUGUCCACAUCCAUUAGUAGAAAAGCUUCUUUUGGAAAUAGAUCCGCAAUGCAUGAAAGUGGCUGCACAAUUAAUACCAAAAUUAUGCAAAGAAGACCAAUGGAAACUUUUUAUUCAAAAUCCAUUAUAUUUGAACGAGUUUUACAAAGAAUUUCUUGCAAAUUGUGAUGACUCUACUAUCAAUAUUUCAUUGAGCCGCAAUUUGUCCCAAGAAAAUAUGACAAAUGCUAUAAAUUUACUCAUCAAAAAUAAUUUUCAGAAUAUUGAUGUAGUUGCCAUAUGCAACAAUCCAUACGUAUGGAGUAUAUUACCAGAGAAGCUAAUUCGUGAUGUUAUUAAGUGCGCAAACACAAUAAAUCCGAAAAAUGUAAUUCUUUAUUCGAAAUACUUUGAUAAUAUACAGCAAAUACGUUUCCCAGAUAAGUCAUUACCAGAAGAAAUGGCAGCAGCCCUCAUUUCCGUUGCAAAAACAACAGAUAUUAAUUAUAUCGAGCAGCAAUGGCCAAAUGCCACCAACAACUGUAUAAGGAUAUGGAACAAAUCCCCUAAAACAGAUUGGUGGAGCGAUAUCUUGAAAGAAAAUUUGAGAUAUUACAUUGAAGACGACUGUGGCGCGAUAUCCAUGGCAGUUCCCGUAUCAGAAUCAUCCAAUUUCGCAAAUUUGGUCGCAGAAGUUGUAAUUGAUCGAUUAAAUAAAGGCCAAGAAGUUACAGAUGAUAUGUGGUACGCAACAGCAAUAACAGAUCCGUUAAUUGACGUUAUCAUUAAGCUUAAUCCAAAUAUCCAGAUCGAAGCAACCAAGAAACAGGACAUUUAUACUGCAAUUUAUCAAAAUAUUAUUAUUAAUACAGAUGAAAGCGAAGCUGGUGAACUUAUCGGCCAUAUCUCAUUAUCAUCACAAACUUCCUUGAUGGAAUUCCCUAAUAGCUAUGACUUUUUGUCUCAUUUCUUCAAAGUUGUCUCAAUUGCAGAUGUUCCAGAGGACAUAGAGCUUCAAUACCUCAAAGACUACUUCGAAAUAUCAUACUCAGACUUCCUCCUUCACGUUUUCCUUGGAAAAUUCGAUGCAAGUAUUUUAGAUUCUUCAAUUUCGAAAUUUGUAUAUUCUAUACCUUUCGAAAGACGUCAGAAUCUCCUCAGCCAGUCAAUCCGCAACCAAUUUAUCGAAAAUUCCGUAAUUUUGCUGAUUUCUGCAGAUGAAAAUGACAGAAAUAAGCUCAAAAUCGAUGAAUGCGAUAUCCUAGCACCGUAUCUAUCGAUGAUGAAUAUAGAUUACGACUGGAAAUCCGAUUUUGCCAAGUUUUGCCGCGGAGAAAAAAUUGAUAUCUCAAAUUUCAAAGGUUCAAUGGAGGAACUGCUAUGGAUAGCCACAAAAGAAAAUUGUCCACAGUAUAUAAGUAACAUUUGCGCAUCAAUUUUCCCUGUUUCUCUAUCUAUUAACUUCCAUCUUUUCAUUUCAGCACUUUUGAAUACAGAUAUCGAAACAACCAAGUUCAGAGAGUUAUUGGAUACAGCUCUGCAGUCAUUAGAUAACUUGACUCCUUUAGAUCCUCAAACUGUUUUAAUUUUAAGCGACUGCUUCGCGAAAAUGUCCUUACUACAAGCAGACGAGCUCAUUUCCUUCUGCUCUUCAGUAAGCUCAUUACUCGCUUCCCAACAUGUCCCUUCAAUCGUCUCUUGUUUACACCAUUCAAUUCCAUUUUUCUUACAAAAAGUGACACGCGAAAAAUGGAUUGAAUUGAGAAAUUCACUUAGCCAAGGCCCUGUAUCUGGUCUCAUUGAAUUUGAUAGCAUUAUAUCGGAAAUGUUCUCAGAAGAUGAUUUGUCGAUGUUUAGAGACUUUCCAAGCGCUGCUUCAAGAUUUUACGCGAAUUUCAACAAGAAAGAUGAGCUGAAAGACUUAUUAUCAGGACUCUCCCACCAGAUGAUAGAAGAUGAACUCAAGAAAGCCCAGAAUUAUACAAUAGAAAACAUAUUAAUCUCAGUAGAUGUAAAUUCUCAUACAAUUCAUGCGGAAAGUAUAUCUACAGAUGAUCCAUUUACACUCGAUGUAAUUAUUCCUGACAUCUAUCCACUCGAAACUCCUCUUUUCCGCGUGUCUUCCAUAGGAAAAGAAAAACUUACACAAGAUGCAAGGGAUGAAGUGAAGAAAGAGUGCAUGAGACAGGAUGGAAUCUUCGCAGCUAUCUCAACAUGGGCUGCUCGCAUUGAUUCUGUCAUUUCUAAAGUAGAAGUUUGUCCAAUUUGUUUAUCUUUACUCGAUGCAGGCAUGAACUUGCCGAAAAUGAAAUGUUCAACAUGCCACAAGUGUUGCCAUGCUUCCUGUUUAGAAAAAUGGCUCAGAAAUUCACUCAAGAAAAAUUGUCCAUUUUGCAGAACGAAAUGGCACCGCCAGAAGUGA